AUGAGGCGGAUGAAUUUGAUUGUCGCAAUGGAUUCCGAGGGAGGAAUAGGAAAAAACGGGACAUUGCCGUGGAGAAUCAAGAAAGAUAUGGAGUAUUUUGCUUCUGUCACGAAGCAGGUCACCGAUCCUUCCAAGAGAAACGCAGUGCUGAUGGGUCGCAAGUGUUGGGAAAGCAUUCCAGAAUCCCGUCGACCUCUGGCUGGGCGUCUCAACAUUGUGCUCAGUCGACAGCUUCCUGAACAAAAAACAGAUAAUCUCAUUUUUGUAAACUCACUCGAAGCUGCUCUCAAACUUCUCGCAGAACCACCAUUCGUUGAGACUAUUGAAACUAUUUGGAACAUCGGAGGAGCUGAAAUUUAUGAUUUGGCGUUACGCGAAAAAUUGGUCGAUGAAAUUCAUUUGACUCGUGUCUUCAAAAAUUUCGAAGCUGAUGUUCACCUGAAAUCGCUCGACAUUAAUAAGAUGGAGAAAAUAAUCAGUGGUGAAGUUUCAUCAGAGAACUCGGAAAUAUUCGAGGAAAAUGGACUACAAUUUGAGUUUGGAAAAUGGAAAAUCGCUGAGAAAAACUAA